UCCCCCACACACCCCACCCCCCCGUUGUAUCUUUACCCCCAUUUUUCCCUUCACUCUUCUCUUCCAAUCAAUCCUCUCUCUCUUUUUGUCUCUCUGCUUAAUUUUUUUUUUUUUGAAGAUUCAGAAUUUAAGCUCUCCAGAUCAAGCUUCUCCUUCCUGGGAAUAACCUUGAACAUUGAAUUGGGCCAGAAUAUAGUUAGUGUUCAUUGUUGAACAAGUGUGAAAAGAGGAGGGUAAAAUUGGUAUUUUGGUGUGUGUGAUGAUCAGAUCUUGAGACUGUUUAUAUAUGGUAGUUUUGAGGUUGAGAGGAGUUAUCAACAAGGGUAAAUCUGGUAUUUCAUGUGGUAGAGGGGUUGUUUCAGGUCUCCAUGCUGUUGUCAGAGAGCAUGCUUGCAAUUUGUGGUUUGGGUAAUGCCCCAUUCGAGAUUUGCAGUUGAUGCACUAGGUGUAAUUACUAUACUUCUUGUUUCGAUUUUGGUACUUUUCGGCUUGUUCUGUAUCUUGUACUUGAUCUAUUUCCACACCAAGACUCGCGGCGGGCAGGGUUACGUUCAGCUUGGCUACUUUAAUGGUCCUUGGAUUAUACGGAUAACGUUCAUAUUGUUUGCGUUCUGGUGGUGUUUUGGGGAGGUUGUAAGGUUAAACUUUAUCAGAGGCGACGGGAGAUUGUUGAAUGCUCUUAGCAUCAAAUGGCAGGAAACUGUUUGCAAGUGUUAUGUAGUUUCGAGCUUAGGUUUUGCAGAACCUUGCCUUUGCCUCACGAUCAUGUUUCUUCUUCGAGCGUCUUUACAAAAGUCGGGAACUUUAAGCCAGAAAUGGAAUGGCAAAACAGUCGGAUAUAUACUUCUUUGUUGCCUCCCCGUUUUUGCUCUACAGCUCGUACUUAUUUUGGCUGGACCGCAACUUAAGAAGGUUCACAUGAGCAGUAUGCCGCAUUAUUUCACUAGUCCAGUCGCGAGAUCUAAAGAUGAUAUUGAUGUUGCCCUGUGCACUUACCCUUUGUUGAGUAUUUUCUGCCUUGGUCUUUUUGCCAUCAUGCUAACUUCAUAUUUAUUCUGGCUUGGUGGAAGAAUCCUGAGGUUGGUUAUCAAUAGGAGUCUGCAAAAGAGAGUAUACAUACUAGUUUUUACAGUUUCUCCUUUCUUUCCUUUAAGGAUUCUAUUGCUCGGUUUAACUGUUAGAACUCAUCCAGAACAUUUACCUUUUCAAGCUCUUGCAUUUGUGGGUUUUGUUUUCUUCUUUUGUUGUAUUGGGGCGGGCAUGUACAUGCUCGUUUUCCUGCCCGUGCGGGAUUCUUUAGCAUUGAAGAAGUGCUCAGAGAGGGAUAUAGAGGCUAGGAGAAGGUUAAGUGAUGAACAAACUGAUACUGUUUCUCUAAUUGCAAACCAAAGCAACCUUGGAGGAAGCAUGGUCAGUAGUCCUGGGAGAAAUUCAGCUGCCUCGACAAAGAGAGGAUCGAUCUCCUUUCGAACAACAGACAAGGAAGGUACUUCAGGGGCGGCCUUUGUGGAACUAAGCGUAUUCUCUCCUAGUCAGCACUCAUCACCUCCUGGAUCACCUCAACUUCUUGGCUGGCCUAUGCUUCCACCCACGCCAGCUCAAGGUCCCUGAUAGUUUCUUGAGCUGUAUCUUUCUUGUAUUCUCCUAUUACUUUGAUGGUGGUGGAUUAUAACUGAAAGGUCACUUUUUUGAGUUUUAAA